AUGUUCAACCCAAUCACUUUCGUCACCCAGGUUCUUGUGAAUGGCCCCACGGCGGUGGCCUCCCUUGUUCGAAAUGCGGCAGCGGGACUCAAGACAUUCGCCGCGAAUUUGAGCCUAAAAGGAGCGUCGGCCGUAUUUGCCGCUGCUGACAAUGAGGCGAUCGUCGAUACGGUAUUCAAAGUGGUUCAACGUUCCAUCGCGGCGUUUACAGGGAGCCUCAGCGGAGCGGCCCUGAUCUGGAACUUCAUCUUUACCAAUGGCAUUAACCAAGAGACCAAGGAUUUCAUUCUGAAUAACCUCGGCGAUCUGAAGCAGUUUCUGUAUGACCUUGUCCGUCCUGGAACUGUCAUCCCGGGGCCUCAGACUCCAGGGGUCACCGGAGCGGUUAAUCAAUACAACGAGUUGGAUCUCUCGGUAAAGGAGAACCGAGAGGCCGUCGUCUACCAGUUGCAGCGCGUUUCGCUGACGCUCAUGACGAUUCUCCGGCUGGGGAGGGCCCGUCGCAACAAGUCGUCUCUCAACCUAAGCGAUAUCGAAAUGAAUGUCGAACUCAGCAGCGACUUUAGACCUAACGGACAGCCUCCAGACCGGUGCUACACCGCCAAGUGGCAGGAGCCCGGCUCGCCACAGAACUACAAAGAGACGUGGCUGUUCGUCAACGGCAUUGCCAAUGAGCAUGUCUGGUUCCGCCGAUCGUGCGACAAGAUCAAGAAGCGAUUCAAGACAGACGUCACGGGCGUGUACAACCGGAGCGACGGCAUUCUCUGGGACUUUAUCGAGUGCACCGGAGAACGCUCCCCCGCCGCCGCCGAAGCGUCACACUCCCUCAUCCAGCGCACUGAUAGCAGCAUGAAGGCGCAAAACGCUCUCGACCAGGAACUCAAGCGUGCGCUCUCGGUCAGGGACGACAACCACAAAGUGGUUGUCAUCGCGCACUCCCAGGGGUGUCUCCUUCUGCGGCUGGUGCUGCAGGCUCUGGUAAACCGCCCUGAAGGGGUCUCCGAGUUAAGGGAAAGGACGGAGACGAUGGAAAUCAUGCGAAAAAGCCUGAACGUGUUCACAUUUGGGAACCCCAGUGUCGACUGGUGCGUCGUGGACGACUCGGACGCAAGGCGAAGCGUCGUUCCACUCAGCAAUUUCGUCCUCUGUACGGAGCACUUUGCGCAUGCGACGGACUUUGUUGCCAGACUUGGGGUCAUGAGGCACGGGAGGGGAACCCAAGGUGCUAUCACUUCCGGUUAUAACGCCGAAAGCGUCUUCCGCAGCAAGGACGGCAGAGGGCACCUGUUCGGAGCGCAUUAUUCACUGGAUAAGGAGGACUACGACGAGGGUGAGAAUACCUGCCAUGAGCACCUGACCCAGUGA